GGCAGAUCUAUGGCUAUAACAGCAUCAAACACCGGAUGAUGCGCCUGCGCAGCGAGUCCGUUCUUCUCCUUUCCAUUCUCAUCGCCUCUGCGGCCUUCCCAUCCAUAUGUGGCAGUGGUGCCGUCAGCGGCGCUUUGUCCACCACCAGCGGAGCCAUCGCAUCCAUGCAGCUGCCGCCCGAGGCCACAAAAGGCCUCGACAUGGUCAAAGACGUCCUCAACAAGAUCCUCUUCAGCCUCCAUGUGGAAGAUAUGGACGAAUCGCGGCGCUUUGAGAACUUUACUGCUUGGUGUGAGGGGGAGAAGGGCCGGCUGGCGGAUGAGAUAGCGGAUGGAGGAGAAGACAUGCUGGAGGGGCUCAAAAACGACACACUGCUGGCGCUCAUCACCGAUAAGACCCAGCUGGAGACUUCUAUUGAGUACCUGACCAACCGGCUGGACAAGAUCUCUGUCGAGCUGGGUGAUGCCGCCACUGCCCGCGAGAGGGAUCACCAGACAUAUGUGGCGGACAAACGAGACAACGAGGGUUCGCGGGCUUUGCUGACACAAGCCAUCCAGAGGCUGUCCGACACUUAUGCUGCUGCCUCUCUCAUCCAAGCGACAACGAAAAGGGGCGCCUCGGGCGGCAGAUUCCCUGUUCUCCUCCUUCAGCGGUCAUCCGCUGUGAGGAGAAGCCUGGGCAUGCAGCAGCAGAGGAAGCGCACGAAUCAGUGGCAGCCAUACAGCUAUCAGUCUAAGGGCGUCUACGGCGCAUUGCAGGCCAUCCAGGACAACCUCCAAAGGUGGGUGGGCCGCGCAUAUCCCCUGUCAGCUGGUCGGCGAGUUUUGUGUGUGUGUGUGUGUGUGUGUGUGCGUGUGUGUGUGUGAUGCGCUGUGUGAAGGGAUCAAGUGGAGGCGGAUCGUGACGAGUCGACGGCGACAGAGUACUACAAUACCCUAAGGAUGGCCAAGACUCAGCAGAACGUGGCGUUGCGGAAGUCCAUCGAACAGAACAAGGCCGCCCUUGCCGGUGAGAGCUGCUCUACGUGUCGGGGGUGAGAGAAUGGGAAGAUGUGUUCUGUCUUAAUGUCUCUGCCAGACACCGAUAGACGGCUCGCGCAGUGCAAUAGCGACAUCAAGGCGUACGAGAAAGAAACCCAGGAAUGUACGUGCAGAUGUGUCUCUCUUGCUUCGCCGCAUCUCUCUUUGCUGCUCUAUUGGAUCCAGCAUAUCGUAUGCUUGGCGAGGUGAAGGCCACGUGUGAGGAGAAGACCAACGAGUGGAAGGCGCGAUCGGUCAGAAACAGGCAGAUUGCGACUCUCUCACACGCGUGUGUCUCACUCUCUUUUGCAUGUUCAGGAAGACCGAAAGAAGGAGAAGAAGGCCAUUGAUGAGGCGCUGAAGCUUCUGUCAUCUAGGGGGCUCUUCGAGGGCAGUGACAGUGACGGGGAGAGUGAUGAGCCGUCAAUAGACCCCGACGUGGACGAGCACGGAGGAGACACAGACGACGAGCCAUCUCUCGACCCAUCCACAGAAGAGGACCUCGCCGCUCCACCCUCCCUCUUACAACGUGACCACUACAUUGGCGGCGGCAUUCCAGCGGCCGUUGUAGACCUCUUGAGGAGCCACAGCGUGCCCCCCGACGUCAUCAACGCUCUUGCCCAGCACCCGUACCGGCUACUGGGCCUCCUGUCUCGACAGCCACAAGCCGCCGACAAGGACAGCACCACCCUUGAGCGUGCUCAGUUCAGCCAGGGAUGGGUGAGGGAGGUCAGAGGACUCAUCCGGCGGAUGAUCAGGGAGGUGGAGACGGAGGCUGCGCGUGACAAGGAGAAGAAGGCCCACUGUGAGGAGCAGUUGGCGCAGGCGGACGCCGAGAUCCACCAACUGGGGUGAGGGGGAGGUCGGACUGGAUUCUCGCUCUUUACAUAUAUACUGUUCCGUGUCAGCACGAGCCUCGAUGACGUCAACAUGACACUUUUGGAGCGUCAGGGUGAGUUUGACGAUGCAGAUGCCGCCAUUCAAGACGCGCAACAGGCAGGAGGGGGCUGAUACAAUUAUGCAUAUACGAAGACGCAUAUGUACGACUGCAUGCUGCUUGCUGUAGAGGAUGGAGGACAUGAAAGCUGACCUGGACAGCUCCAUUGCACAGAGAAAAGCAGAGGUAUUAACCAUGUAGAGCGGCGGAAAAAUGUGGGCACCUCGGGCAGGCUUGUCUGUGUCGUGGUGCAGCAUGCGGCCUACAUGAAGGCCACACACAAUCUGCAGCUGACGAUAAAGAUCGUUCAGGCGGCCAAGAGUGUCCUCAGUAAGACGCCAUCAUUGCCAUUCACCUCGCUAAGAGGACAAUUUGGGUGUCUUUGUUUCUUUCAGUGAAGUUCUAUAAAUCGAAAGACACGACUGAGCACCACGGCAGUGCAACAACCAUGUUGAGACAGAAACCACACACAUGGAAAGGCUCAAGCCGACACACACCGGGCAUGCAGCCGGUAAGCAUGCACACAGCCACGCAGUAUAGGAAGACAUAAAUCUCUAUGGAUGUGCGAAUGACUGCAGGUGUUCGCCUUGUUCGACAGCAUCCUGGACGACGUCAAGCGUCAGCAGCAGGAGGGCGAUCUGGCGGAGAGCAAGGCAGCCGCCGGAGCGACACAGUUGCAGCAAGACUUCUCCGUGCAAAGGGACAACCUGCACACACACAUCACCGAUAAGGUCACAAUUGAGGCAUUCAGAGAAGAGACACACGGACCUCCACUUGUUGGCACAUACAGACGGUGAUCCGCUCGAGUUCAAAGGUCAACAUAGCCAACAGAAGUGUCCAGCUGAAGGCCCUCGUCGACACGAUGGAAGCCGCAGCUGAAAGAAGGGUGGGUAGAAGGGAAACAAACGCGUGAAUGCCAUGUGUGUCGCUUAAGCUACGACGGACUUACGGUCUGGUCUGUGUGCCAUGUGUGUCAGCGGGACUUAUCCGAUGGCUGCAGAGACAUCCUGCAGAACUACCCAACGAGAGAGGCGAGAAGAAAAGUACGAACGAAAGAGGGAGGGAGGGAGGGAGGGACAGGAUGUAUCGACCUUGGCUUGCCUUUGGUGUGCCUCCUGCGUGUUCUCUCCAUUACGCGUUGCAGAAGGACCGCGGCGCCUAUCAACAGGCGUUGUACGUCCUCAGCGGCGCAAGAUACUGACGGCCGCGUGUGUCUGCGUCCAGUCUGUGCGCGCCAAUUCGUGUGUCGAUGCCCUCAUAGAUAGACCUGUCUGUGUGUGUGUGCCAUGGAAAAAUCAUCGCUUCGCGAAUGCCAGCGAAGAGAAGAGAGAGAGAGAGAGAGAGAGGAGAGAAACUUACAUUAACCGUAACACUCGUCUGUGUGUCCGUGAUACUCAUAAACAUACAGUCCCAUGAGCAC